UGACGCACUUUCACGAUCGCGAACAGUGCGCCGCUCUCGUGCUGUCAUUUUCAGUUAAAAUCCCGGCUGCCCCUUCACCGAAUCGGCGAUCAUGGCGGUACCGGCUCCUCAGAAACGAUUUUACCGGCAGCGUGCUCAUUCCAAUCCUAUGGCGGAUCAUGUCUUUGAUUACCCAGUAAAACCUGAACAGAUGGACUGGUCUCAGCACUACCCUGAAUAUUUCAAACCACGCUCAGAAAAUUACCAUGAUGAUGAGAAAGAUCUCAUUGAUGAAAAGAAAAUGAAGUUCCAGGUGGAGUUUGCAGACAUAGGCUGUGGAUACGGAGGUUUACUAGUUGAGUUAUCUCGUCUGUUUCCCAAUUCAUUGAUUCUGGGUCUCGAAAUCCGAGUGAAGGUAUCUGACUACGUUGUAGAUCGCAUCAAAUCCCUAAGGGCAUCCAAUCCUGGAAAGUACCAGAACAUUGCAUGUAUUAGAAGCAAUGCCAUGAAGUAUUUACCAAACUUCUUCAAAAAAGGGCAGCUAAGUAAGAUGUUUUUCCUCUUUCCGGAUCCACAUUUUAAAAAGACAAAACACAAAUGGAGAAUAAUUAGCUCUACAUUGCUGGCUGAAUAUGCUUAUGUACUGUGUGUAGGGGGUUUGGUCUAUACAAUUACUGAUGUGCAGGAAGUACAUGAGUGGAUGGUCAAACACUUCACAGAACACCCAUUGUUUGAACAUGUUCAACUAGAAAAACUGAAGGAUGACAUCAUCAUUGAUCGCCUUGGUGUCUGCACAGAAGAAGGUAAAAAAGUAUUAAGGAAUGGAGGACAGAAUUUUACUGCAGUAUUUCGACGCAUUGAGGAUAAAAAACCGAAGCUGAAAAUUGAGCAAAAGUCCUGAGAGGAGUACUCCUUCAUUUGACUUCACCGAGGCGAGUGAUUAAAGAAGCGGUAAACACAUAUCGAUUGGAACAAACCAGACCUACUCUUGCAGCUGCAACAUUGGGAGAAACUGCAUUGAAGGUGGGGCGGCCCGUAUAAAUAAACUGAAAAUAACCUCAACAGUAGUCUUCAAAUAGAAGUGUUGAUAACUGUACGUUCUUGCAUGAAUGCUAGGUAUCAAGUGAAGGGUUUAAAAAUUGGUUCCCUAGGCACAUUUUACAGAUUUUUAUUUUUACGAACGAUUUGGAGAGUAUGAAAUAAGGAAUGUAGCAUUGUACGUUUUACAAUGUAAAAGAUUCCACUGAAAUAUGUACAUCAGAAGUCUUUUGCUGUGAUUUGUUUGUUUAUUUUUGUUGUAAUUGAGAAUUGUAUCCUUUUUUUUAAGAUGCCUGCUUAUACAUAUAGCUUGAACAUAGAACAAUACAGCGCGGAACAGGCCCUUCGGCCCUCGAUGUGCGCCGACCUGUGAACAAAUCAAACUUUAUUUUAAACUGCUAUUAAAUUUGCAACAAUAAUGACAUUUCCCAAAACCAAUUAAUUACUUCCAGAUUUCCUGAGGCUGUGAAAGGCACUAUAGAAAUGCAAAUCUGCCUGCCUGUCUCGACAUCAGAGGGUUUAUCAAGCAGGCUCAAUGCCAUGUUCAUAAUAACUACUUUUUGCUUCCUUUAGUACUUUGAGUGUCACCUUGCCUCUGAGUCACAGGAUUGUGAAUUUGAAUCCCACUCAUAAUAUAAGGACUGUCACACUGUUGGAAGUCUCUUCACUGAAAUAAUUAUCUUCUAUCUUUAAAAUUAAUAUCGUCCAUUCAGAGAAUUCUCCCAGUGUCCCGGUUAACAUGCAUCCCUCAUCAAUGUCCGCAACACGGUCUUAUUGUGAAUAACUUCACUCCUGCACAUGAGUACAUAAGUAACUACGUUUCAAAGAUAAUUAUGUAAACGUAUACCACUGUAGGACAUCCUGCAGACAUACAAAAUAAAUUCAAGCUGGUUCAUUGGUUUCUUUUUAUUUAUUUUCAGCUAUGGAAUAAAACUAAAAUUGGCUAGCUGACUAUGGUCACUUGGGGCCAACGAUUGAAUUAAAAAUUUAUUUUGAUCUUAAUCCAAGUUGUAAUGAAAACAGACUAUUUUGACCUUCUUGGCUUUUCAACAGUAGCUGUUCAAUAUUCUGAUUCAACUUUCUGAUCAGAAAGUUUGAUUUUUAAACAGUGGACUGCUGGAACUGACACCUGCAACAUAACACUCUAAAGUUUUGGAGUAGUUCUGUAGCUCAGGUUGUGGGUGUUGAGGUUGGUUGGCUUUUGAGCUGGUUUGUUGUUCUGCAGAUGUUUUGUUAUGGUGCUUGGUAACAUCCUCAGUGCAACCUCUGAUGAAGCUUCAGAGGCUGCACUGAGAAUGUUACCAAGCACCGUAACGAAACGUCUGCGGAACAAUAAACCAGCUCGGCGAGCCAACCAAACUCAGCACUCUAAACACACUUCAGUUUCAUAAAUUCUCCCAAAUUUUUUUUGUCCCCAAAUUAGUUCCCAAUAAAUUACCCUUUUAAGAAAAAACAAGAAACAAAAUUCACCUCAUACAAAUUUGCCAUUAAUUGGAACUUUAUAUAAUAUUGCUGGGGUUUCUACAAUCAGAGUGUCAGCAAGUGUUAAUAUCAGUCUGGUUCGUUGCUUGUAUUGAUGCUAGAGCUGUCACAACAGGUUCCAAGUUCACUAGCAUCAUUACCAAGUAUGAUCUAUAAUCUCACUUCUCGUUGACUUUGUUCAAUCCAAUCUAUUAUCAAUGUCACGUUGUACCACGUGUUACAGGCCAAAUGUACAAUUCUUAGACACGGAAUCUUUGGCUAUUUGCAGCAAAGUUGCUGUGCUUUGAGGUGAGGAGGUCAGUAAUUACAGUAAAUGGCUUAUAAAAGAAGGGCAAGAAUUAACUAAAAGGGUCACUGAGUUAGAACUGUAAGGAGCCAAAUGUGUGUGUUUGUUUUUAAAUUUGAUUUCAACAUAGGUUAAUUGAAUACUUUUUUUCUUCUUGGUAGGCUAAGUUCUGCAGGCAAAUCAUGCUUUCUUACAUGUGGCAUGUUAGCACUGUUGCCUCACAGUGCCAGGAACCCAGAUUCAAUUCCAGCCUUGGGCAGCUGUCUGGGUGGUGUGUGCACAUUCUCCCUGUGUCUGUGUGGGUUUCUUCUUAGUCCAGCGAUGUACAGUUUAGGUGGAUUGGCCAUGCUAAAUUGCCCAUAGCGUCCAGGGACAUGUAGGUUAGGUGGCUUAGCCAUGGGAAAUGCAAGGUUACAGUGACAGGGUAGGAGGGUGAGGGGAAAAGAGUCCGGUUGGGGUACUCCUUGAAUUGGUGUGGAUUUGUUGGGCCGAAUGGCCUGUUUCCGUGCUGUAGAGAUUUUAAUUCUUUUUUCUUUUAAGUGAUCUUUAUGAUUUUAAACACUGUAUUUAUAAUUUGUGUGUAUGAAAUCUGCUGUGGUUUUGCAGAAACUCUUGCUUCACUUUUGUUCAUUCUUGUCCACAUACUCUUGAGUUGGGAUCCUGAUGUCACUCUGUGUAUUUUAUAAAUAUGCCUUUACUUCACCCAUUCACCAGUUUUAAAAAAUGCAGGUUUAUGUUCAGCGUGUACUCUAAAUUUUUUAAAAAUUGUGACCAUUCAGAAAAUAUAGCCACUUUUGAUGGAAUGAAGUGAUGCUUUUUUUUGAGGCCACUGAGAAUGAUGUUUGUGUUUUUAACAACACUUAAGCUGAAGUAGCUUUUUCUGUAAUAUUUUAAGUGUAUUUCAAAUUUGCAAUCUGCUCUUAAACCCUCUAUUUGCCAUCUACUAUGAAUAAAGCCUUUUUAUAAAGGAAGGUUCACCGGACCUGAAAUGUUAACGUUUUUUUUCUUCUCAGAUGCUUGCCAGAGCUGCUGAGCUUUUCCAGCAACUUUUUUUUGUUCCUUUUUAGAAUAAUUUCAGAAUCUCUGAAGAUUUCAUGACUCACAAUCUUAAAAUGCUGUGCCCUUCUUAGUAGGAAACUAGCCAUCUUAUUUCAGUUUAUUAGAUCAAGCAGCAACUUAAGGUGCUCCACAAGCAUUAUCGGCCAGUUAUUUGGAAUGAGCCAUAUUGUGAUAGUAGGACAGAUUUAGGUAUGGUUUAACAAGCAGAGGGGGACUUAGGAAGGGAAUUCCAGAGCUUAAGACCCAAGUAGCCAAAGACACAGCUGCACCUAUGAUGAAGCAGUUUUAAAAAUUGGGGCUAUGUGAAGGGCCAAAUCUAGUGGAACGCAGAGGUACGGAAGAGGUUAGAGAGAUAGUGGGGUAUGUUCAUCAGCGAUAGCUGCCACUGGUGGAGUGAUGGAUAUCCAAGAAUAGACAAAGCAACAGACUUGGAGCAUAGAGUUCAGUAGGUUUUAGGGCAGAAUAUCUGCAAAUAUUUUUGUAGAUCAGUGAGAUUAUUGUGGGGAGGGGAAUUAAGGACAUACAGCAUGGAAACAGACCCUUCAGUCCAACUAGUCCACACCAACCAAACAUCCUGAUCUGACCUAGUUCAUUUGGUCCAUAUUCCUUCUAAACUCUUCCUGUUCAUAUUGCCAUUGAUUAUGUCUUUUUUAAAUGUUGUAAUUGUAGCUGCCUCCACCACUUCCUCUGGCAGCUUCUAUUCAUGCACUGCCCUCUGCAUGAAAAGAGUUAUGCCUCUUCUCCUUUUUCAAUAUUUCCCCUCUCACCUUUAAACCUAUGCCCUCUAGUUUUGGACUGUCCUACAGUGGGAAAAGGGCCUUGGCUAGUCACUCCAUCCAUGCCCCUCAAGAUUUUAUAAACCUCCUAAAAGGUUGCCCCCUUCAGCCUCUUCCCUAUAACACAAGCCCUCCAAUCCCAGCAACAUCCUUGUAAAUCUUUUCUGCACCCUCUCAAAUUUAACAACAUGCUCACUAUAGAAGGGCAACCAGAAGUGCCUGCAGUAUUGUUUAAAAAAUGGCCUCACUAAUGUCCCAACUCUCAUACUCUAUGAUCUGAGCAAUGAAGCCAAGCAUGCCAAACACCACCUGUACCACCCUGUCUAUAUGCAAUUCCACUUUUCAAGGAACUAUGCACCUACGCCCCUCGGACUCUUUGUUUGGCAACAUUCCCCGUGACCCCACCAUUAAUUUCAGCACGUUCAGUGAUUUGACCCGUUUGGUCACCGAGAUUGCAGUGCAGGAUUGACAUCUGUUGAUUUUGCUGGGUUGUGUUUGAUAUAUAAACAAGACAGAUGGAAAGCUUUGCCCUGGAUCUUUGCCACGGUUGGAACAAUUAAAGUGGUGAGAUAUGGAAAAAGUACUAAGUAAUAAAACAAG